AUGGACGCCCUUCGUAUCGUAGGAGGCGCAGCACUUCGCGGCGUCGUCGACGUAAGUGGCGCAAAAAAUGCCAGCCUGCCUGCCAUGGCCGCCGCUUUGCUUGCCGACGGCACAAGCACGCUACGUGGCGCGCCCGAUUUGGCAGACAUACGCACCCUGGCGACACUGCUGGGCCAUCUUGGCGUUAGGACCACCCGACACGGCAACGAUCUGGCCAUGGACGGCUCGGGCCUGACUGGAACAGAGGCGCCAUACGAGUUGGUGCGCACCAUGCGGGCGACCAUAUUGGUGCUUGGCCCGCUGUUAGCUCGGUGCGGCGAGGCCAAGGUUUCGCUACCCGGCGGCUGCGCCAUUGGAGCGCGUCCAGUAGACCAGCAUUUGGUCGGACUGCGCGCUUUGGGUGCAGAGAUUGGAAUUAGCCAUGGCUACGUCAUCGCCCGUGCGGCCAAAGGUCUUGUGGGUGCGGAUGUCACCUUCGACAUGCAGACAGUGACAGGCACCGAGAACAUCAUGCUGGCCGCAGCUUUGGCCAAAGGCACCACCCGCCUGCACAACGCCGCAUGCGAGCCAGAGGUGGUCGACCUUGCAGAGUUGCUCGCAAAAAUGGGCGUGCCCGUGCACGGAGCUGGCACCGAUUGCAUCACCAUCGAGGGACAAAAAACAGUCUCGCCCUACGAUCACCACGUAGUCGCAGACCGCAUCGAGUGCGGCACCCUGCUCAUAGCAGGCGCGCUCGCAGGCUACCCUCUUACUGUGCGAGGUGGCAACAUCGCCCAUCAAGAGUCGCUUUUGCAUAAGCUGCGCACCAUGGGCUGCUCUAUCGCUGUUGACGCGCCACAAAAAAGCAUCACCAUCGCCAAGCCACAGGUAGUUGGGCCAGUGGAGGUGCAGACAGCGCCCUAUCCAGGAUUUCCAACAGACAUGCAGGCGCAGCUAAUGGUGCCGAUGGCACUGGCCAGCGGCACAAGCGUCUUCACCGAGACCAUCUUUGAAAAUCGAUUCAUGCAUGUUGAUGAGCUGAACCGUAUGGGCGCCAACAUUCGCGUCGACGGCAGGACUGCAGUCGUCCAUGGCGUCAAAGCACUUUCGGGCACAACUGUGAUGGCAACAGACUUGCGUGCCAGUGCCUGCCUCGUCUUGGCUGGCCUGGUCGCCGAGGGCGAGACCACGGUCCGCAGAGUCUACCAUUUAGACCGCGGCUACGAAGGUCUUGAAAAGAAGCUCGCUAAAGUUGGCGCGACCAUCCGACGUUUUGUUGAGAUCUAA